GUCAUGAUAGACCAAAGUCCGUACUUCAGAAUUUGCAAUUUCACACUCUUUCUGUCAUAAGACACGGACGUAUACUAAACAUGCAAACUUAUAUCGAAACAGGCUCGGAUGGCAGGAACACGAGUGGUGCAAAAAUGUCUCUGAUGAAAAAGGUACUUUGUGUGGGUACAAAUACCGUGGCGGUGCUUAUAGUGUCACUAUGGCUUCCUAUUGUCUCGUAUGGGAUGCGUCUUCUGUCCCCUGUUAGAAGAGGUUUCUGGUGUGACGAUGAGACCAUACGCUACCCGUUCAGUCGCCAUGGUACAGUUAGUACAGGGAUGUUGUUUGGGUGCGGUAUAGGGAUUCCCAUAGGCUUUAUACUGCUGAAUGAAAUGAUACGAUAUGCUUUCCGCAGACCAUACCCUUGUGGGACACCUUGUAUGAAACUGCAAAUCACUACAACAGGAAGAGUUAUAGGUAUCUUCAUGUUUGGCUCUUUGUUGACGUUAACAAUAACUGACAUAAUGAAAAUGUCAAGUGGUCGACUGCGCCCUUGUUUUUUGUACAUGUGCCGCCCUAAUGUUAACUUGGCUAACUGCACUGGGUUCAUAACAGACUACGAAUGUGAGAAUAAAUCUCCAUGGGUAGCUGAAAUGAGAAAAUCAUUUCCUUCUGGGCACGCCUCAUUUGCAAUGUACAGUAUGAUGUUUUUAGUGCUUUAUAUUGAAAAACGCAUACCAUUCUCAGUAGGCUACUUAUCCAAGAUAAUACUUCAAUCAGUCUGUUUAAUACUGGCUGUGUUCACCGGUUUAUCAAGGACAGUGGACCAUAUGCAUCACUGGGAGGAUGUUGUAGUUGGACUCUUACUUGGAGCCGUCAUUGUCUUUGCUCUUAAACAAACCAUUCCUAGAUUAUUUGACUUCAACAAUGACAAUAAGGACGCGCUAUACAGUCCAAUGGACAAUGUGAAUCCUGAUAUCGGACUAAACGUUGGAAAAUCCUCGUCACAAGAACCAACAAAUAUACAAGGCAGUAGAAUGUCUAACUACAGACAACGUUCAGUCUAAUCAUCGCAACGAUUCUAAUGAAAAAUUAUUUUCUUAUUUAUUUCUACUGUUAAGGUAGCCAUUUUGGAUUUUUCGUCUAAGAUUCUUGUCCAUAAAGUCUUGCUUAUGUAUUUCCAGGCGAACUGUUUGACGGAUCGAUUUCAAUUUUUCAAGGAUGAUUGUUUGUAUGAAAAUCUCAAAUUGAAUAGUUUUAAGACAUUCUGGUUAAUGUUAAGGUGGCCAUUUUGGAUUUUUGUCCUAAAAUCCUGUCGUUUUAACGGAUUAUAUAUAGUAUUGGCCAUUCAUAAUAAAAAUAUGUAUAGGAUCACCCAUUGGUGUGGAUAAGUUAUACACGUUGGUGUCAUUGAAUGUUUGAUGUUCAUGGAUAUGCAUCAAAGACCAUAGAAUGGUACCCUUGACAAGACCU